AAAGAUACUGGCCUCGCCUGUAUCAACCAACUCCAAUAUUAUUAUAUAAACCAACAACCAUUUCUCAGCUCCUCAACUUAUUCUACUUUCUCUCUGAUCAUUUCUAAAAAUCAUAAACAAUUACAUUUUUUAAAAACAAAGUUCCAGCUGGGGAAGAACACAAUCCGACCUGCCUGAACCAGCGACGUAUAUGUACAUUACUACAGUCCUUUGUUGUACCAACUAAGCUAAGAGAAUGAAGUCUUUCGCGGCAAAGGUGGAAGAAGGAGUCAAAGGGGAAAACGGGAAGCCGUCAGUAGGUCCGGUGUACCGGAAUCUUUUGUCGGAAAAAGGGUUUCCUCCAAUAGAUUCUGAUAUCACCACUGCUUGGGACAUAUUCUGUAAAUCUGUGGAGAAAUUCCCUGGCAACAAGAUGCUUGGAUGGCGUCCAAUCGUAGAUAAGAAGGUUGGACCGUAUGUGUGGAAAACGUACAAGGAAGCAUAUGAAGAAGUUCUGCAGAUUGGCUCUGCAUUACGUGCUCUCGGAGCUGAGCCUGGGUGUCGAGUGGGAAUCUAUGGAAUUAAUUGUCCUCAGUGGAUCAUAGCAAUGGAGGCUUGUGCAGCUCACACUCUAAUCUGUGUACCUCUAUAUGAUACAUUGGGUUCUGGAGCCGUGGAUUAUAUCGUUGAUCACGCGGAAAUCGAUUUUGUAUUCGUCCAAGACACCAAGAUUAAAGGGCUUCUUGAGCCAGAUUCCAUAUGUUCUAAACGGCUAAAAGCUAUAGUUUGCUUCACUAAUGUGAGCAAAGAAGAUAGCAUCAAGGCUUCAGAAAUUGGAGUCAAAACGUACUCUUGGCUCGAUUUUCUUCAUAUGGGACGUGAGAAACCGGAAGAGAUUAGUCCACCUAAACCAUUUAACACAUGCACCAUAAUGUACACAAGCGGCACGAGUGGUGACCCUAAAGGUGUGGUUUUGACUCACGAAGCGGUGGCGACUUUCGUUGUUGGGGUGGAUCUCUUCAUGGACCAGUUCGAAGACAAGAUGACACAUGAAGAUGUGUAUCUCUCCUUCUUGCCGCUGGCUCAUAUUCUUGACCGUAUGAAUGAGGAAUACUUCUUUCGCAAAGGGGCUUCCGUUGGCUAUUACCAUGGAGAUUUGAAUGUGUUACGUGAUGACAUUCAAGAAUUGAAACCAACUUAUCUAGCUGGAGUUCCAAGAGUGUUCGAGAGAAUUCACGAGGGUAUUCAAAAGGCUCUUCAGGAACUUAACCCUAGAAGGAGAUUUAUCUUCAAUGCUCUCUACAAACACAAGCUUUCAUGGUUGAAUCGUGGAUACUCGCAUAGCAAAGCUUCACCCAUGGCUGAUUUAAUUGCUUUCAGAAAGAUUAGAGACAAAUUGGGAGGUCGAAUCCGGUUGCUAAUAUCUGGAGGAGCACCUUUGAGCCCUGAGAUUGAAGAGUUCUUGAGAGUUACUUGUUGUUGCUUUGUCCUCCAAGGCUACGGUCUGACGGAGACGCUUGGAGGAACGGCUUUGUGUGUACCGGAUGAGAUGUGUAUGUUAGGGACAGUCGGUAUACCGGCGGUUUACAACGAGAUAAGGCUUGAGGAGGUGGCUGAAAUGGGCUACGACCCACUCGGUGAAAAUCCAGCGGGCGAGAUCUGUAUAAGAGGAAAAUGUUUGUUUUCUGGAUAUUACAAGAACCCCGAGCUUACUGAUGAAGUCUUGAAAGACGGAUGGUUCCAUACAGGAGAUAUAGGUGAGAUUCAACCAAAUGGGGUGCUCAAGAUAAUUGAUCGUAAAAAGAAUUUAAUUAAACUUUCUCAAGGAGAGUACGUUGCUCUUGAGAACUUGGAAAACAUCUACGGUCAAAACUCUCUUGUCCAAGAGAUAUGGGUUUAUGGAGACAGCUUCAAAUCAAUGCUUGUCGCGGUGAUUGUUCCAAACCCUGAAGUCGUGAACCGGUGGGCUAAAGAUCUCGGUUUAAAUAAACCAUUCGAAGAACUAUGUUCUCUCACGGAGUUGCAAGAACACAUCAUUUUAGAACUGAAGUCCACGGCAGAGAAGAACAAGCUAAAAAGGUUUGAGUACAUCAAAGCAGUGACGGUGGAGAUAAAACCUUUCGACUUAGAGAGAGACUUGGUGACUGCGACGCUCAAGAAUAAGAGGAACAAUCUUCUCAAGUAUUAUCAGGUACAAGUCGACGAGAUGUACCGAAAAUUGGCGUCCAAGAAAAUCUGAAAGUAUUACGAUGAUGUGUGCGUCCUAAUAUAUAUUGAUAAUAAUGUUAUAUAUAUAUAUAUAUGUAUCAAUAAUUGAUCGGAAUGAGCCUUAUGUAAUGUUGUAUUUACAUUCUAUGUUGAAUCACUUGCAUCAUAAUUAUUAGUAUUUUUUUCUUUUCGUUUC